AUGAAGACGGGAACGCUGGGAGUGUCCAGACGAAUGAUGUCGACUUUGCAAAAAAUUCCGUUUGAAACCCGAAAUGGCGAGCAUUACUGGGCCCAGCAUCCCAACGCUUUUUACCAACAGAAACGCAAGGGUUUCAAAGGCAUGACGUUUGAAAACCAGCAUAAAAUGCCGUCUCUACCGGUCCCAGAACUUCAAAAAACGCUGCAAAAAUACCUCGAGACAAUUAGACCGUAUUGCCACACAAAAGAGCAGCUCGAAGAACAGGAGAAACUUUGCGGUGAGUUUGCCAAAAACCAAGGUCCCGAGCUUCAAAACCGUCUGCAAAAAUUCGCCGAAAAGUCCAGAAACUGGCUUUCUGAGUUUUGGGAUAACCAGGCGUAUUUGGAGUACAAUGACCCCGUCGUGCCGUACGUGUCGUAUUUUUACGUGCACAGACCGCUCCCGGUCUCGCAUAGCAAGAUCCAGACGGACCCGUUCCUGAAAUCCACGGCCAUCGUCACUGCAGUGGUGGAAUUCUUGGAGGCCAUCAAGGAUGAGUCUUUGCCGGCAGACGUUGUGAAGGAUCACCCUUUUUGCAUGAAUAGCUUCCAUCUUAUGUUCAACAAUGCACGUAUUCCCGGCCAGGGCAGGGACUCCAACGAUUUCUAUUCAAUACACGAGCAUAACUUCAUCACAGUGGCCCUACGCGGGAACUUCUACACUCUGUACACGCACAACGACCAAGGCGAGCCCUUGGGACCAUCCGCUAUCUGGCAACAACUAUACGAGAUCACGAACGUGAGCAGUGCUCGCUUCCCGGAAAACGCUUGCUCUGGAAUCGGGGCUUUGACUUCACUGCCCAGAAACGAAUGGCAUCAGUCUUACAAGGAGCUUCAAUCUCAUGCUAUUUCACGCUCUUCGCUUGAAACCAUUCAAAAAUCGUCCUUUAUGCUGUGUCUCGAUUUGGACACCAGUCCCGUAACCCUGGAGGAAAAGGCUCACUACGCUUGGCACGGUGAUGGUGUCAACAGAUUUUUUGACAAACCACUGCAGUUCUUUGUUGCCCAAAAUGGUGUUUCUGCAUUUCUUGCAGAACAUUCUAAGAUGGAUGGGACGCCAACGCUUCUUCUUAACGACUUUGUGUGUCGUCAUAUUGCGAAAAUGGACGUGAGAUCUUUUCUAAAACAGCUUGAGUUGGCACCAACACGCACUGCUCUAGAACCCUCGCACCUCCCUUUCUUAAUCACGCCUCCCAUCAAACAAAGCAUCGAAAAAGCCCGAGCCAAAUUCCUUGCCGUAAUGGGCGAGCAUGAUCUCAAGGUAUGGCAUUACAACAAGUAUGGAAAGGCGGUCAUCAAAAGCCUGGGCUUUUCUCCCGACGCUUUUAUUCAACAGAUCAUUCAGCUGGGCGUGUACAAAUACCUUCAUCAACAGCUACCCACCUAUGAGGCGGCGUCUACCAGGCGAUUUUUCAAGGGACGCACGGAAACCGGUCGCUCGGUCAGCGUCCAGUCUGCAAAAUUUGUCACUGACUGGGAAGAUGCUAACGUCACAGAUGAACAAAAAAUUGCAAGUCUCCGGGAGUCUGCAACCGCUCACGCGACAUAUCUGAAAACCGCCUCUGCUGGUCUAGGUGUUGAUCGUCAUUUUUUCGGUCUGAAGAACAUGUUGCGUCCUGGGGAGCAUGUUCCGGAACUGUUUCAAAACUCGUUGUUCAAGUACUCGUCCACAUGGCUAAUUUCCACGAGUCAACUUUCUUCGGAGUAUUUUGAAGGCUACGGAUGGUCGCAAGUCAACGACAACGGAUUUGGUCUUGCCUACAUGCUUAACAAAGAUUGGCUUCACAUCAACAUUGUUAACAAACCGCUUGCAAGUGGACUCAGUACUUCCCGGCUGCACUACUAUUUGAGUCAAGCGGCCGAUGAAAUGUAUGAUCUACUGGUCAAAGAGCAGAAACUACGCUCCAAACUCUAA